AUGGAAAUAAAUAAUCAACUGGAUACUAUUACGUGUAUACCAUGUUUAAAGUUUAAAAAACAUGCACCAAAACAUUUAUUAAGUACUAUUAAAUCUUCGUUUGGCUCAUUUGAAUACGUUGAACAAGACGCGACUCGAGUUCAAUCUGAACGUUUUCGAAAUUUAAAAAAAGCUUUAAGACAUCAUUAUUUAAACAAACUACACAUCUGGUGUGUAGAAGAAGAUGAGAAACGAAAGCAAUUAUUCGACGAUUUUUUAAGAAAAAAUGAGAAAGCUGGAUGGAAUGUUGGUCGAGCAGCGUUAUUCUGCAUUCAAGGUGGUCUUGGUGGUCUGAAAUUUGUUGAUACAUUGAACUUAUUGGAUAUCUCUGGAGCAUCAGUUGGAACUUAUAGUGAAUAUUUACAUUCGGUUGAUCCUGUUACACAACGUCGUCGACCGUUCGGCAUAACAUUGGAUAACGUUACAUUAUUAAAAAGGUCGAUGCAGGUGACAAUUAUGAUCGUAAUGAUUGACGGACAGUUAACACCUCUUUAUCUUCAGUCUCCAUUAUGUCAAACAGAGUUAACGGGGGAAGACUUAGCUAGUAAUUGUGUUCGAGUACUAGAAUCAUUUGGCUUGAAAAAAAAUGCAUUGCAAGAACAAUUCACUGGUUGUGCCGUCGAUGGUGCUUAUAUUAAUUUGCGAAUUGAAAAACAUCUAUGUCAAAAACUAGGAAUGCGAGAGAGAUGGUUAACAGUGUCAUGGGAUAGUGCACAUUUACUUGAAUUAGCAAUAAAUGAUGCAAAGAAACAAAGUAAAUUUUCCUGGUUACAAAGGUUCAUUAAAACAUGUGGUACAAUCAUGAAAAAAUAUUCAUAUGGAAAAUCAUAUGAGCACCUACUGGAAGCAGCAGAAUUAGUCGAAGAACAAAUACUACAACCAAAACAAUUUCAUAUUACCCGUUUUGUUCAAUCCGAACUCCGCGUAUACGAAACAGUAUUAAGAGAUUGGUCAACUCUGUAUUAUUUGCAAGAACAAGAUAGUGUAAUUAACUCAUUAGCAGGUGGAAAUGUAAGUGCAAGAACAAGACGAAAUAUUGAUACAGAAUACAAAGCAGGUGAUAGCGAUAAUGUUAGUUACAAACAUGAAGAUAUCAAAUCUGUGAAUUUUGUUUGUAAACUUAUUGGUUUAAAUGAUAUCUACAAUAUUCUUGUACGAGCAUCUAUGUCUGUGCAGCAAGUCAAUAAAUACCCGUGGGAACAUGAUGAUUCAAUUCGAUAUUUACAAAAAUGUUUAAAUGGAUAUAGUAAAUUACUUGAACAAUUAGAUUUAAAUAAAACACAAGAAAUGGAUAGUGUGGAAGAAUGUGAAGAACCAGAACCAGUUGGCUUACUCGGACCAACAAUCGAUGACGAUUGUGAUAUACAAGAAGAAGACGACGAAGAUACACAAGUUCGAGCGAUGCCAUCAGCAAAAUAUAUUGAACAAUAUUAUCAAGAUCUAUUGAAAUGUGAAUUCAAACAACGUCCAAUCAUCAUACGACCUGGUGAUUAUGAUUUAGAAGAUCCAACUACACAUGCAAGAAAAAAAUUGAUCGAAUUAUGUCAACAAUUAGUUGAAACAAUUACAACACGGUUUCGAGAGAUACCAUAUAUUUUUAUAUUGAUGAAAAAUUGUUUAGAUGUUUAA